AUGGCAAACUACAUAUCUGUCAUCGUAUGCGCGCAUAUAUUGCUGGUUGUGGCGCAAGCAGCAUUGAAUACCUCACUCAAUACAACCAUCUCUAUAAAUCCAGAAUCGGCCUAUUUAAUACUUCCUAAUUAUCAUGGGAACAUCAAUCAGAGCUUUAUCGACACACAAACAAGCAAUGCGAGUUUAUCAAUCUUGUUUACUUCCGCAAAGUCCUGCGCAUUCAUAUCCUACGAUCCAGAAUUCCUGAAACUUCUCGGUAAAAAUCCCAUAGCCACUCUUAUUGCCCAACGAAAUUAUUCCUUUGCGAAUGAAGCCGGUAUAUGGGUACCGGACCGCAAUGAAGUGUGGUUCACAAGCUCCUCAAUAGACGACACCACGACGAUGUCGGUUCUGAACCUCAAUACCUCCAAAAUACACACCCCAAACACCAGUAUCCCCAUAAUUAAUCCGAAUGGAGGCAUCUAUUUCAACCAUCGUGUAUAUCUCGCUGGUGAUGGUAAUGCCACUGUCCCUCCUGCAAUCUAUGCUAUCGACCCAGCCACAGGCUACACAGAAAUCAUCAUAAACUCCUACUUCGGUGUUCCUUUCAAUGGACCGAAUGAUCUUACAUGGGUAAACCAUCAUGGAACUCCUUAUCUAUUCUUCACCGACGAUCCGCUCUCCUCUCUUUACGAUGGUGGACCGUCAGCAGUUCUCCCAGAUGCCGUCUGGCGUUUCUCUCCCACGACCAAGUCUCUUGUUCCUGUUAUAUCCCGUGCAGAUAUCUUAGUACCUAAUGGAAUCAACGUUAAUGCCGCUAUGGAUACCCUCUACGUUACAGAUACCACAUCCAUCACCACAACAGAUUCUGGUGGAUACAAUUCCGGCUCCAACGCUAUCUAUAAGUAUGAUCUCGAUACUGACAUGUUUCCUAUCAACAAAAGACUAAUUGGAAUCUCGAGAACCGGAAUCCCAGAUGGUAUUCACAUAGAUGAUCAGAAUAGGAUAUGGACGGCUGAGGGUGAAGGAAUUGUAGUGAGAAAUAAUGUAGGAAAGGUAUUGGGUUUGUUUAAUGCGGAGCUCUUCCUGGACGAUCCGGCGGGAGAACCAGGUAUUGAGAUUGCAAAUUUUGCUUUGGCGGGCGAUGUUUUGGUUGUGGAGGGAAGUGGAAUGUUAUGGACUGUGAAGCUUGCGGAGGUGGUUGUGAGUCCCGAUCGCUAUAUACUCUGA